AUGGGGAGCCGCUUUGUGCUGCUGCUGGAUGCGGAUGUGGUCCCCAGCAGGGGGCUGCGGGAGGGGUUCCUGAGGGCGCUGAGGGGGGGGGCACCCCCAUUGUGGGGACAUGGGGGGGGGCUCCCGUCGUGGCCGGUAUCUGAGGGGGUCAAUGGGGUCCCCAAUGCCCUGGACCCACCCCCCCACCGUGGUUUUGGGGUCCUUGGUGAGCAGCAGGGGAUCAAUGACCUGGGGGUGCCCAAGGGGUUGGGGGUCCCCAGUGAUGCCCUGGGGGUCCCCAAAGGCUUCCAGGAUCCAGGAGACCCCAGGGCCUUGGAGGUCCCCGAUGCCGCAAGGGACCCCAAUGUCCUAAGGGACCCCAAUGUCCCAAGGGACCCCAACAUCCCAAAGGAUCCCAAUGCCUUGGAGGUCCCCAGCAUCCUAAAGGACCCCAACAUCCCAAAGGACCCCAGUGUCCUAAGGGACCCCAGCAUCCUAAAGGACCCCAAUGCCUUGGAGGACCCCAGCAUCCCACAGGACCCCAUCAUCCCACAGGACCCCAUCAUCCCACAGGACCCCAUUGCCCCCAGUCCCACAGAGCCGCCCUGGACCCGGGUGCUGUUUGUGCUCCCAGCCUUCGAGGUGCGUUUGGGGACCCCGAUCCCGGGCACCAAGGAGGAGCUGCGGCACUUGUGGGGCACAGGGGACGCUCGGCCCUUCUAUGGGGCGCUGUGCCCCCGGUGCCAGGCACCCACGGACUAUGGGCGCUGGUGGGCGCUGCCGCCCGCCCCACACCUGCGGGUGGCCUAUGAAGCCCCAUGGCGUGACCCCUGGGAGCCCUUUUAUGUGGGGCCGGCCCAUGGGGUCCCCCCCUUCGAUGAGCGGUUCCUGCAGUAUGGAUUCAACCGCAUCAGUCAGGCCUGUGAGCUGCACGUGGCCGGGUUCCAGUUCGCGGUGCUGGACGGAGCCUUCGUGGUUCACGUUGGCUUCAAGGAGGCCUCCGGGUUCCAUGGGGGGCGAGCGGCAGAGCAGGAACGGAACCGGAUCCUGUUCCGGAGCUUCCGCUCUGAGCUGCGGCAGCGAUACCCGAGCUCCCCCCGGCGCUGCUGACAUGGACAUGGACACUGACGUGGAGGUGGGACAUGGAACUUGGAACAUGGACAUGGAUGCUGCACAUGGAACAUGGACACUGACAUGGAACAUGGACAUGGACAUGGAUACUGCUCAUGGAGGUGGGACAUGGACAUGGAUGCGGACAUGGAACAUGGAUGUGGGACAUGGAACUUGGAACAUGGAUGUGGGACAUAGACAUGGAACAUGGAACAUGGAUGCUGCACAUGGAACAUGGACACAGACAUGGAUGUGGGUGCUCCCCAUGGAUGUGGGACAUGGAACAUGGAUGUGGGACAUGGAACAUGGAUGUGGGACAUGGACACGGACAUGGAUACUGCACAUGGACACGUACAUGGACAUGGACAUGGAUGUGGAACAUGGACAUGGAUGCUGCACAUGGAUAUGGGACAUUGAACAUGGAACAUGGAUGUGGAACAUGGACAUGGAUGCUGCACAUGGAACAUGGAACAUGGAUGUGGGUGCUCCCCAUGGAUGUGGGACAUGGACAUGGAUGCGGACAUGGAACAUGGAUGUGGGACAUGGACACGGACAUGGAUACUGCACAUGGAUGUGGACAUGGAUGUGGGAGCUCCCCAUGGAUGUGGAACAUGGACAUUGAUACGGACAUGGAUGUGGGAUAUGGAUGCUGCACAUGGACAUGGAUAUGAACAUGGAUGUGGGACAUGGACAUGGAUGCUGCACAUGGAACAUGGAACAUGGAUGUGGGUGCUCCCCAUGGAUGUGAGACAUGGAAAAUGGAUGCUGCACAAGGAACAUGGAACAUGAGAUGUGGGACAUGGAACAUGGAUGUGGGACAUGGACAUUGACACGGAUAUGGAUGCUGCACAUGGACAUGGACACAGACAUGGAUGUGGGUGCUCCCCAUGGAUGUGGGACAUGGACAUGGAUGCGGACAUGGAACAUGGAUGUGGGACAUGGAUGCUGCACAUGGACAUGGACAUGGAUGUGGGAUAUAGGGCAUGGACAUGGAUAUGGGACAUGAAACGUAAGAUGUGGGACAUGGAUGUGGGUGCUGCACAUGGGACAUGGCACUGCAGACAGGACAUGGAACACAGAACACGGAUGCUCCACCUGGGACACCAUGAGCCUUGGAUGCUCCAUAUGGGAUGCGGGUCUCUCCAUUGGCCAUGUGGGGCCGUGUGGCCCCUGCUGCCUGCCCUCAAUAAAGGCUCCCACUGGUUCCCAAUGA